GAAGAAGAGAGGCUGCUGUGGUGUUUCUUGGGUCAGUUGUAAAAAUAUUUGAUUGCAGUGUUUUGUUUUUGAAGAAGGACAACAGCAUGGGGGAAGCCGAGCUUGUUCCAGCCGACGGAAAACAGGCAGACUCGGGCAUCAGUACCAUCGAAGACUCGGUGGUAUGGAGUCAAGAAGUCGAGGUGUGCCUGUUCCAUGCAAUGCUAGGUCACAAACCCGUAGGUAAGAAUAUAACGUUAGCUAGCUAACGAGCUAGUGUGUUAAUCUUGUAGGCCUGAAAAUCCCCGGGCUGUAGUGGAGACCCGACGCGGAGGACGAGAGCCUGCAACCCACAACAAACCCCCAACAAGUUAGCUAGCCAGCUAUUCAUAGUCAGACAAUGACACAUCUCAAUGAACUCGCACAGACCUUGGCCAUUUUAGCUUGUUGGCUAGCUAGUCAAACAUCUGCAUGUUUUUGUCUUAAAGUGUUGGCCAAAUUUAUUCAAGGUUGGCCAAAUUUAUUCAAGGAGAUGGCUAGUUACUGUACCAAUUCAGUCGAACUUCCGGGCUGACAUAAAUCUGGAAAUCAUAACACAAGCAGCUUCUUGUGCCAAAUUCAAGUGGAGUUCCUUUUUUUGCAUGCUGUUAACUACUGUAGUAUCAAAUCAAAUUGUAUUCGUCACGUACACAGUAUACUGCAGGUAUAAAAGGUGCAGCGAAAUCUUGUUUGCUAGCUCCAUUAACAUUGCAGUACAAUAAUAAAUAAUAGUCAAAUAAAAAAAUUACCAUUAAUAGAAGAAGUAGUAUCCAUGGUAAUAGCGUGAUAUUUAUUAUUUAAAGUAAUAAAUAAUAAAUACAUAAAUUAAAUAAACCAUCUAGCUAGCUUGCUGUCCUAUAUUUACUUUUGUGCACAUAACGGUAGCUAGUAAUGCAGCAUCAUGAUCCGUUGUCAGAUUGUCAUCCUACCCUCCCACUUUUUGAAGACAUAGCUAAUGUACUUAUUUUCUCUGCAGGGGUAAAUCGCCACUUUCACAUGAUCUGCAUCCGGGAUAAAUUUAGCCAGAAUAUUGGGAGGCAAGUGUCAUCAAAGGUGAUCUGGGACCACCUGGGAACUAUGUAUGACAUGUCAGCCUUGGUGAGUAGAGCGUCCUAAUCUUUCUCUGGCCUUUGAAAUAGAUUGUUAUAGAGUCAGUCAACCGUUAUUUUUCCUCUGUAAUGCAUCACUGAAUACUGUUACACAUUCCGUCCACUGCAGCAUGAGUCAGAAAUAUUGCCAUUUCCCAACUCAGAGAAGAGCUUCAAUCUUCCAGAGGAGAUGAUUCAAGAAGUAAAACAAGGUAAACCCACUCUGUUCAGAAUCCACCAUACUUACAAAAAUGCUGAGCUACUAGAAGGUUCAUAUUUGGCUUGAGGAUGGAAAUUAGCUGCUAGCCAAAUCUGCUAAAUUAGCUGCUAGCUAAAUCUGGUACAAUGCAUAUUUUCUGAAGUUUACUAAGACAUUUGUUUUUGUUGUACAUUGUCCCUGCUCAAAUAAAUGUAAUAAAUACAAAUUAAUACAUCUCUCUUCCUCCCGACCCUUUCGUAAAACGUAUGCACACAUGACUGUAAUACGCUGUUAGACUGCUAAAUGGCAUAUAUUAUUAUAUUAUCCCUGCCCUGAACAGGUAAACUGGUGUCUGAGGAGGACAUGAAAGACGAGUUGAAAGAAGAACGAGACUCCCCAGCCACGCAUGAAGAAGGUUCUCUCCCUCAUUCAAUUACAUUAGCUGUAUUUCACCUCAUGCUCCUCUCCUCUUUCUCUCUGACGUGAGCCUUAUUUGGACUGCGUCCGUGCAUCUCUUCUCCUCUGGCACACAAAGCGGCAUCCCUAACUCUGGUCGUUUGGCUCGUUUUAAAGGUCUGAGUCCCAGUAUGGCUGCUGGCCAGGAUUUUGAGAGGUAUGGACAGAAGAACUCGUUCGCUCUGUUCCAAAACUCCAGCUUGACCUCGGUACAGACCAGCUCAUAACCAGAGGUUCUUUAGAGUGACCGCCCGCAUAGUGCACAGAAAAUGUGCGUCUCUCUUUAUUUCAGUUUCUCUUUUUCUCUCCUUUUAACUGAUGUUUGAGAACAUUUUCAAGCAUGGCAUGUCAAUUUUUUAAAUAAUUCUAGAUUGUUUUGAUGGAGUUUUAUGACUUAAAAGAUAUAAAGAAGAUAUAAUGGCAAGCUUCAAAUGGGCGGUGAUGGUGCUCUUGAACCGGCCUUUUCUCGCUUCUGCCAGUCCUUUCUUUAUACUACUUGAAUGUAAUUUGUCUGUUGAACUCAGCUCUGGUCCUCUGAAUCCACCACUGUGACCCUGCUCCAUGUACAUUAUAUUCCCAUUGGAUGUACACAGCAAACACUAGCCUACCGCCGGACACUAGAAUAACAACUGGCUUAAUUUUAGUCCACCAUACCCUACAAAGCAGUCACUUACUGCCUUCUUCACUGACCUGAGAGAAGAUCAAAAGCAUUUGGUUUCACAGGUCAACUUUCAGAACUUGGACUGAGUGAUGCAGAAUCUUUUGAACAUUCAAUCAUUUCCAAAAUCUCCCUCCCUUUACCUGACAACUCCCCUCAAUCUUUUCUUUCUCUCCUUCUCUCUCUCAGGCAGCAACUCCUCGUUGAAGAUGACAGAGAGGGCGGGCAGCAAAGACAAGGAGAGAGAGCGAGACAGAGAGAAGGGUUCCGCUGAGGGCGGCCCGGGGAAGGAGGCAGCAGACAAGAGGAAGAGGAACCGCGCCACUGAUAAGGUGCUCAACUCCAGCAGCAACCCCUCCAGCCCCGGUGGGGCCAAGCGGAGAAGGACGUAGGCCAAGCCACCAGGAGGCACCCUCAAGAUAUCAGCCACUGCAGAGAGCAGGAGACACCAGGGGGAGAGGGAGAGACCUGGGACUGGAGAGACUCAUCUGUGAAGCCUGGAGGAAAGAGGGAGGGAGGGGGAGAGAGUGGCGUUUGAUGAGUCGCACAAUAGAGAAGCUAGUUGGACAAUGCUGAAUUUGGGCACAGGCGUCCAGGAGACGAGAUUAAGAACUUUCAGCCCCACAGAAGCUGCAAUUUUAGACUUAUGUUAUGUUCUCAGAACACCUAGAAAGAUGUAGCAUUCACCAUUGCCACACAAUCUCUGAAUGCAACACCGCAAUAGCAAUGUGAUGACGACAACACUGAAUCUUAUUGGUCAUGAUGAUCAAUAUACUGUCACAGCAGCUGGUGUUUUUGGAUCAUCCCCUCCAUCCAGUCCUCAGCUGUGCAUGAGAGGCCAGCAGCCAUGUUUAGUAAUAUUGACACAAUUCAAGCAGACGCAUAUCAAUGCUUCUACUCUGACAUCAGAAUAAGUGUAAUGGUUCUAGGGCUUGUGUUCAGGCUUGAGUUAUUGUGAAGUUAUCCUGUUUGGCUUUGGAGAAAUGCAGGACUACUAAAUCACAGCAAUACACCAUGUAUUACUGUCUGGACGCUUGCAUUAAUUGUCUUUUUUUGUAUGUUCUGAUUUGUUACAAGUGGUUGUUAACACAUGCAUAGAGCUGUGCACCUCGUCCAGCUCUUCCAGUGACUUCCAACCACAUUGUUAUUGUGCCUCAUCCGUGUGAAAUGUAGUUGCUAUUUGUGCAAAAUGUCAGUCAUUGUCCCUUUUUUUUCUACAGUCAUUGUCUUACGUAUUUUGUCCUUGGGGAUUAUUGAAUUUGCAUGUUUUGGUAAUUGCUAAAAAGUAUUUUUUGUCCGUGUCAAAGACUUUUCAGAAUAAAAUAAACAUAUGUCUAGGUGUAGCUGUAGUCUCCAUCCAAUUGAGAUUAGUUUUUUAUUGUCUAUUUAUUGGACAUGUUCCAUUUUUAAG